GACGCAAGCCGGAGCGGCGUGGGUCGCACGGGAGAAGGGAGAAGGGACGAUCAGUUGAGACAAAUUGGAACCUUCCAACACUGACAGGUCACUGGCAGGUCACGUCACGCUCAUAUCAUAUCCAAUGGAAAUUCACGUAGAUAUUCUCGUAAUUCGUACCCACGCACUUGAAGAUCUACAAGGGUCCCGAUGAUAAAGUAUGAUUAAACUGCUCGUUUUCCCAAAUUUAUAUAACUCAACACCUAUUCAAGUAAUCUUAUCGAGUUAUAUUAAUUUCGAACGCCGUGUACAUUUCUAUUUUGGAGUUGCCUACCGCAUGAGCGAGCAUGGAACCCAAGACGAUGUCUCGUACUGAAGCUGGAGGGGCUAAACAGUCGAGCCUUUAUCAAAUAAUACAGGCUGUCAUGACUCCCGUCCAUUUCAUCACGUUCCUCCUAUCGCUGUACCUCGUCGACUGUCGCUACCACGACAAGCGCAUCCAAGAGCACUCCGAACGGUAUAGUCGAUUGCCGGCUUGGCUGGUGCCCUCGUGGCUGGACCGGCUGCUGUUCAGCCCGGACCCGUACGGAUGGGUCGACCGCAAGAGACAGAAUGCGGAUGCGGCGCCGGAUAAUAGCGCCGGGAAUAAAGAACGAUGGUACUAUCACACGAAACAGAAAAAGCUCAUGAAGAUGGAGACCGCGGACGCCUUCGAGAUGCAGCGCACUGUCUUGCUCGGAUUAGGGGCCGUAGGGCUUUUCGCGGUCUGGGUGCUUUGGCGACUGGGUACGGGAGUCUUGGCUUGGUUGGCUAGUUGAUUUGAUAUAUAUAUGACUUUUAUGAGUAUAUGAGGAGGGAGGGUUUGGAUUAGGUAGAGAAGUUAUUGAACGGAGCUACGAGCAUUGGGAGUAAUGGUUAUGGCGUAAUACAGUCUACAGAUCUACCUAUGAUUUAUGAAUAUUUCCAUAUAUAUACUGAUGGCGGGAUACGGAGUAACCUAGGGCUCUACCUUAAUAUCCAGACGGAUUUCGUGAGAUUAGAAGAUAUUUCAAGGGAAUGUGUCA